CCAAUCAGAGACAUGUGUGGGCGGGCUUGAGGAGCAUCAGUCUGUCAGAGCCGCUGGGUGAUGUUAGGGCCGCCUAGGAGUGGGAGAAUCCGCUCUGGACAUCAUUGCUGCCUGGGAUUACUCUGAAUGAGUUUGCUAUAAACAGCUUGACUUACAUAACAGCUAGUAAUUCAGUUAGUGUACCCUCAGCUAGCGGUCUCGUAUAUUUCCAAAACAAAGGACACGCUGAAUUAUAUUCAAUUUUGGAACUAGACCGCCAUUGAAGCCUAUAUAUAUAUAUAUAUAUAUAUAUAUAUAAAAUUGUUUCUCAUAGGUGUCAAGUGCGGUCGUUGCGGAGCAGAACUUCCAAGAGGUGAAUUUAAGAGCGCUCAUUAUGUCAGUGGUAGGCAUUGAUGUGGGUUUCCAAAACUGUUACAUCGCUGUGGCCAGGAGCGGUGGCAUUGAAACCAUUGCCAAUGAGUACAGUGACAGAUGCACACCGGCUUGUGUGUCUUUGACCUCCAAAAACCGCAUGAUUGGAAAUGCAGCCAAAAGUCAAGUUAUAACAAACUUCAAAAACACAGUCCAUGGCUUCAAAAAGUUCCACGGCAGAGCAUUUGAUGACCCACUUGUCCAAGUGGAAAAACCCAAACUGCCUUACAGCUUACAUAAGCUACCCAAUGGAAACACUGGAAUUAAGGUGCGUUAUUUGGACGCAGACAAAGUGUUCACAGUCGAGCAGAUCACAGGGAUGCUGCUCACCAAGCUGAAGGAGACGUCAGAGAGCGCCCUGAAGAAGCCCGUGGUGGACUGUGUCAUCUCUGUCCCAAGUUUCUUCACAGAUGCGGAGAGACGGUCGGUGUUCGAUGCAACUCAAAUUGCAGGGCUGAACUGUUUACGGCUUAUUAAUGACACUACAGCAGUGGCUUUGGCCUAUGGGAUCUACAAACAGGACCUUCCUACUCCAGAAGAGCGACCUAGAAAUGUGGUAUUUGUGGACAUGGGACAUUCAUCGUUCCAGGUCUCAAUCACGGCCUUCAACAAAGGCAAACUCAAGGUCCUCGCCACAGCGUUUGACUUGUACCUUGGUGGGCGUAAUUUCGACGAGGCCCUGGUCGAUUACUUCUGCGAGGAGUUCAAGAUCAAGUACAAGCUCAACGUGAGGGACAACCCGAGGGCUCUGUUGCGGCUGCACCAGGAGUGCGAGAAACUGAAGAAGCUCAUGAGUGCCAACUCCUCCGACCUGCCUCUCAACAUAGAGUGCUUCAUGAAUGACAUUGAUGUUUCCAGCAGGAUGAACAGGGGCCAUUUUGAAGAAAUGUGCGCUCAAUAUCUGAUGAGAGUAGAAAUGCCUCUGAAAUCUGCCCUUGAACAAUCAAAGCUAAGCCGGGAUGAUAUCUAUGCAGUGGAGAUAGUCGGAGGAGCCACAAGAAUUCCGGCCAUCAAAGAAAGGAUUGCCAAGUUUUUCUGCAAAGACAUCAGCACCACACUCAACGCAGACGAAGCUGUAGCAAGAGGCUGUGCACUUCAGUGUGCAAUUUUGUCUCCAGCAUUCAAAGUGCGUGAAUUCUCCAUCACUGAUGUGGUUCCCUUUCCCAUUACUCUUCGCUGGAAAUCACCAACAGAGGAUGGACUGGGAGAGUGUGAGGUGUUCAGUAAGAAUCAUGCUGCUCCGUUUUCCAAAGUGAUCACCUUCCACAAGAAGGAGCCCUUUGACCUUGAAGCCUUCUACAGCAGCCCUCAAGAUCUCCCGUACCCAGACCACAGGAUAGGAUGUUUUUCAGUACAGAAUGUGGUUGCCCAACCAGAUGGAGACAGCUCUAAAGUGAAGGUCAAAGUGCGCGUCAACGUCCACGGCAUCUUCAGCGUGUCCAGCGCUUCUCUGAUUGAGAAGCAGAAAGGAGAGGGAGAGGACAUGCAAAUUGACUCUGAGCCAAUGGUGCAGAAUGAAGGCAGAUCAGAGGACCAGACCAAAAUGCAGGUGGACCAGGAAGGCCAGAGCCAGGGGGAUCAGCAGAACGAGGAGAACAGUUCCAGCAGUAAGGAGGGAGCCCCCGGGGAAAAGCAGGACCCAGCAGCAGGGGGAAGCAAGCCCAAAGUCAAGGUGAAGAGUAUUGAUCUGCCCAUCAUGGCCAACAACAUUCGACAGCUCGACAGCGAUGUCCUUAACAACUUUGUGGAUUAUGAGCGUCAGAUGAUUAUACAGGACAAACUGGUGAAAGAGCUGAAUGAUGCUAAAAAUGCUGUGGAGGAGUAUGUAUACGAUCUGCGGGACAAACUCUGUGGGGUGUAUGAAAAGUAUAUCACAGAGGAGGACAGUAACCGGUUGACACUGAUGCUGGAGGACACAGAGAACUGGCUGUAUGAGGACGGGGAGGACCAACCCAAACAAGUCUAUGAGGAGAAGCUAGAUGCACUCAAGAGGUUGGGUCAGCCCAUUCAGGAUCGACACAGAGAGCAUGAGGACAGACCGAGGGCUUUUGAGGAACUGGGAAAGAAGCUGCAACUCUACAUGAAGUUUGUGGAUUCCUAUAAACAGAAGGAUGAGCGAUACCUACAUUUGAGUCCAGAGGAAAUGAGCACUGUGGAGAAGUGUGUGAAUGAAAGCAUGGGCUGGAUGAACAGCAAGAUGAAUGCACAGAGCAAACUUGCUAUAACUCAAGACCCUGUUGUUAAAGUCGCAGACAUCAUUGCGAAAAUACAGGAAAUGGAAGAUGUAUGCAACCCAGUGAUCAACAGGCCAAUGCCCACGGUAGAGGAGGCCCCUGAAGUGAAUGACCAAAAAAGUGGAGCUCACAACGGCCCGACAGCCAAGCAGGGAGCAGAAGGGAAGGGAGACGCAAAGGGAAGCCAGCAGACGAAGCCUGGAACGAAAGAGAUGGAGGUGGACUGAGAUCAGUGUCUGAGAAGCAAACUCCGCAACCAUCACUGCGUUUACCAUCACUGACCAUUUAGACAGUAGGGACCAUUCCUCAAUCCUCACCAGCCACUUUUGUGGAUUUGUUUUUUUUUUUUUUUUUGUGCUCCCCCAUUGGACUUUACCUUUUGAGGUUUUUGUUUUCACCCUUUCAUCCUUAUGUGUGACAAUGGUGUGCUUUAUUCUCUCAAAGGUUUGACAUACUUAAUAAAUGAAAGAAUGAUGCAAUAGAUUAAACUCUGAUUCUGACGUAAAACUGUUUCCUCUGUACUGUACAGCGAGGUACACUUUGUGUAUGCAUUCCAUGUGUCUCAUAAAGGUCCAGUAUCAGCAGUAAAUACUCUCACUCAUAAAAGAAGUAGUGAGUGCUGUCCAAACAGUUGCUAUUGCGGAACUAUUAGUUUGUAUGCAAUAAUACAAAUUAUAUAUAUUUGUAUUCGAUGAGUUUGAAAUGAUGUCCAUGUUUAGAAACUGUAAAUACUAUUUUAGUAAAUAAAAGCAGCCAGCAUAUACAAUAUAUGUACAUAAAGAACACAUUCCUAGUGUUAACAAUGGCAAUGCUUGACACACCAAAUCUCUUAAGUAAGUGAUUGGUUGCCUAUUUCCUUUUUUGUUUUCUUGCAUUUUUCCAUAUUUAAGUCAUGGGAUUUAAAGAUGGCAAAAAUAAAUAUGUUUGUCUGUGAGACAAAUUUCUUUA